AUGGGGCAGGUGCGAUGGAACAGAAGACUACAGACUUCUAUUAUACCAUGGGGUAAACAGAAAGAUGACAAUGAGCCUAAUAAGACAUUUCUCUUGUCUGAAAAUUCUCUCAAUGGCAAAUGUGUACCACGAGACAUGAACCUUGUGCCAGAAUUCCGAGAACAAGCAGGAGAAGCGAGUAGCGCACAGCCAUCAACCUAUGGUGAUGACCGCAACGCGAGUCUAGGGGAGUGUUCUCGCCCUGGAGAAAUGCUUUUCCGAGGAGGUUUACAAAACUCUUGCAUGGCAGGAGAAAUACUCACCACCACCAAGACAGGUUGGUCAUGCAAAUAUGACCAUGACCUAGGUGGAGUUGAGUAUGCACCUGACUGGCAAAGGCCAAUACUGUCCUCUGAUGUGUCUCAGUCCUCGUCAAACCGGAAACUCUCAAGAGGACUAUGGGAUGUGCGAGACAAAGAGUACCCUCAACCUGCCAGAUUUAUGAUGGCAUCUGUAGUAAAACCUGCCCAUCUGAUCGAAUCUCGACUGGAUACUGCAGGUCAGGAUGCAGAUGCUGUGGAUGUCCAACUACUGACCUGUGUACCAAUGCUUAUGGAAAAUGCAUUCAGAAAGACUCGAGAUGCAACGGUCGGACUUACGACUCAAGAUGCACAGGUCGAGAAUGCACAUGCUGUGUUGAAAGAGACCCACCUUGCACAAACACAACGCAGUGUACUGACGCCAAUGGAUUCUGUAACUACACUUGCCCCUUGGGCUAUCAACCAAAUUAUGGCCUCUGUGAACAAAACUGUGCCUGCUGUAUUCCUGAAGGAGGUUUAUAUUUUGCAGAAAGACAGAAACUUAAGACAUACCUUGGGAUCUGACCUGACAAGUAACAAAGACCCUAAGGCAGGGGACCCACCUUGCACAAACACAACACAAUGCACUGAUGCCAACGGAUUUUGUAACUACACUUGUCCCAAUGGUCAUCGGCCAGAUUAUGGCCUCUGCGAGCAAAACUGUGCCUGUUGUAUUCCAGAAGGGGAUCCACCUUGCACAAACACAACACAAUGUACUGAUGCCAACGGAUUUUGUGACUACACUUGUCCCAAUGGCCACAGGCCAGAUUAUAACCUCUGUGAGCAAAACUGUGCCUGCUGUAUUCCUGAAGAGCCUUGUCCAACUAAUGAUCAAUGUUUGGCUGUUGGAGAAUGCAGACAAGAAUGUCUAGAUGGUGAAGAACCAGAUCCGAACAUCAUUUGUGAUUCUACAAUGAAUUGCAGCUGCUGUGUGAAAACAAAUAACCAACCAUGUAGAAACACAACAGAUUGCCUAGCUGCUAAAGGAUUCUGUAGUGAUACCUGCCCACCAAAUCAUCGACCAGAUGAUGCCCUAUGUGAAGAAAAUUGUACCUGUUGCAUUCCAAUAGGGGAUCCACCUUGCACAAACACAACACAAUGUACUGAUGCCAACGGAUUUUGUGACUACACUUGUCCCAAUGGCCACCGGCCAGAUUAUAACCUCUGUGAGCAAAACUGUGCCUGCUGUAUUCCUGAAGAUAUCCCGCCAUGUACAAAUACAACACAUUGUCUGGCUGCUAAAGGAUUCUGUAGUGAUACCUGCCCACCAAAUCAUCGACCAGAUGAUGCCCUAUGUGAAGAAAAUUGUACCUGUUGCAUUCCAAUAGAUAACCAACCAUGUAGAAACACAACAGACUGCCUAGCUGCUAAAGGAUUCUGUAGUGAUACCUGCCCACCAAAUCAUCGACCAGAUGAUGCCCUAUGUGAAGAAAAUUGUACCUGUUGCAUUCCAAUAGGGGAUCCACCUUGCACAAACACAACACAAUGUACUGAUGCCAACGGAUUUUGUAACUACACUUGUCCCAAUGGUCAUCGGCCAGAUUAUAACCUCUGUGAGCAAAACUGUGCCUGCUGUAUUCCUGAAGAUAUCCUGCCAUGUACAAAUACAACACAUUGUUUGGCUGCUAAAGGAUUCUGUAGUGAUACCUGCCCACCAAAUCAUCGACCAGAUGAUGCGUUAUGUGAAGAAAAUUGUACCUGUUGCGUUCCAAUAGAGCCUUGUCCAACUAAUGAUCAAUGUUUGGCUGUUGGAGAAUGCAGACAAGAAUGUCUAGAUGGUGAAGAACCAGAUCCGAACAUCAUUUGUGAUUCUACAAUGAAUUGCAGCUGCUGUGUGAAAACAAACAACCAGCCAUGCAGAAAUACGACACAGUGCCUAGAUGCUAAGGGAUUCUGUAGAGACACCUGCCCACCAAACUAUCGACCAGAUGAUACGCUUUGUGAAGAAAACUGCACAUGCUGCAUUCAAAUCGAGCCUUGCCCAACCACUGGCCAAUGUUUAGGCGUUGGAGAGUGCAGACAAGAAUGUCUAGAUGGUGAAGAACCAGAUCCCAACAUCUUUUGUGACUCAACAAUGAAUUGCAGUUGCUGUGUGAAAACGAAUCAGAGUUCAUGCAACCAAUCAGACUGCUGCCACAGCGCAAAUGGUUACUGUGAUGUAUCCUGUAAUCCGGCUGAGAUAGGAAUUCCUGGAUUGUGCCCUGGUACUAACUGCCAGUGUUGCAUAGAUGAUCUUCAAUGUCCUCAAACCCAGUCGUGUACUUACAUACACAGCAGCAACAUGACUUUGAUGAAAGGGAUAUGCACAACACAAUGUCCUCCUCACUUCCAGAGCUUCCCAGAUCUUUGUGAAAGACCUACCUGUACUUGCUGUGCGCAACAAGUUCCAACUUCUUCAGCAGAUUGUUUGCAACUUGGAGGUUACUGUUUUUCAGUUCAGAGUGGAAUAGCAUGCCAAGGAUUUACCUUUGGAAUCUGUGAUAAUAAUGAGUAUUGUUGUAUACCAUACAUUUCGUCUGUGAAAAAUGACAAUUAAAUAUAUAUAUAUCCCUGCACAAGACCCAACAGUUCACAUGUUGUCCCUUACUGAAAAACAUACCUACCAACUAAGUUGUCUUUUAGAUCAAUGAUUUUCCAGUUAAGAAUCACCCAAAUCUGAGAAGAAAAAAUUGUAGUUUUCGACAUGAUAAAAAUGAAAUACUACUGCAUUCUAUUCUUUUACCACAUUGAAUUUCCAUGCCAAUUUCUGGUAAAAAAUUUAUAAGUUAGCUUAAAUGCAAAAAUUCCUCUGUUCAAAAUGAAGUUACAUCUUCACAGUGGAAUCCAAUCUUUAACUCUCAAAAUCCCCAACAACAAAUUGGAAAUAAUUUCAUUGCAACCCGUUGAUUCUUUGCUCAGAUUUGUGUGUAUUCAGUAAUAUGCAAAUUGUACAAAAGGCAAUAGUUCAGCAAGACAUUGCAUUGCCAAUAAGAAUUUUUCAAUUAAAAUACUUUAAAUAUUCUGAAAGCGUUGAUAAAGAAUAAGGUCUAUAAAGAUCUUUAUUUCCAUAUAUUUUUCAGUAGGUCUCUGUCUAUAACAAAGGGACUUGUGAUACAUAUAUAGUAUUUGACUUUGGAAAACAAAUUGUACAAUCAGGAGCACCCACAUUACGAUUGCAUGAAUUAAAAUAUAUAAUACAAUUAAUACUGUAGUAUUAUUUUU